GUAGGUGUCGUCGGCCGACACAUGCAGUGGCAAUGUGAGGAGACAUGGCUGCAUGCCGGCUAUUUGUCAAAUGAACUUGUGGUGGUUAACAUCUCCGAUCCUCUGCGAUUAGAGUUGGUGGGUUCUGUGCAAAGUGACAAAGACCUCCUGGGCCCAACUGGCUUGGCACUCGAGGGCGACUUGGCCUUUGUGGCACUCGAGCUAUCCACGUUGGCUGUCGUUAACAUUUCGGACCCCCAGAGACCCCAAAUCGUCGGCAUUUUGGACGAGUCCUCUGAGUAUCCGUAUUCAUACAGCGUUGCAUGUGAUGGUGAGUUGGUCUAUACUCUCUCAUAUGAUUCAGCUGCCCUGCUGGUUAUCAACGUGUCCACGCCGAGCCAGCCACGCAUCAUUGGGAAAGUCGUCGAUGAGCGCUUGAAAGGUGCUGGUGACUUGCUACUUCUGGGAGACAUUGCAUGGGUGGUAGGAGCUGACUCGAGUGGUUUAGCCGCAGUGAACAUCUCCUUGCCGACGCGGCCUGUAGUUAUAUCCGCCGUCCAGGACGCGACGUACUUGGAUGGCGCUUAUGGCAUUGCCGCUCAAGGCGACUUUGCCUAUGUUGCUGGCUACUACUCCCAUUCCUUAGCCGUUAUCAACAUAUCCGAUCCCCAGGCGCCCAUACUGCUGGGUGCCAUCAAAGAUAAGCAGCAUCUAUACGGAGCCUAUUCAGUCACAGUUGACGGGGACGAGGCAUACGUGCCUUGCUUAGAUGGCAAAUCUGUGGCAAUCAUCAACAUCUCUGUACCCGACAGUCCGGAACUGGCUUGUGUAGCAUCUGAAGUGAUAGGCGGGCGAUAUGCAGCGAGGGCCGGAGGGUACACCUAUGUGCCAAGCUAUGACUCUAAUUCGCUGCUGGCUUUUGGAGCUCCUUUCGGAAGAGAGGCCAAAGGACGCCAUGGCUUGUACUCGGAGCCCGAGGCCGUUGCCUUGGACUCCGACGACCUCGUGUCUGACUACCAAGAUCUUCUCCCCGGCACCGUGUACUCCUUGGUCGAGACAGCAGCGGAAGAGUUUCAGAGGGCUUGGGAGGACGGCGACCUGGAGUCACCUUCCAUCCUGGAGAAGCUACCCGCUUUGGCCGUGCAGCUCGUGCCCUUCUUUGCCAAGAAGGACUCGACCCUGCUCGUCUUCAUGCCCGGGUUGCUUGAGCUCAGCAAUUUGUCCAAGAUGUUCACGCCGGAGGCCUUGAAGUCAUUCCCGACCUUGCACAGGAAAACCUCUCCCUCCAACUACGAAGUCUUCGUCUUGCACUCUAUGGUUCCCCGCUCGGAGCAGGAACGAGUCUUCCAGCAACCAUCAGAUGGCAAGUGCCACAUCGUACUCGCUUCCAACAUCGCGGAGUCAUCGAUCACUUUGCUGACCCCGAAGACAGAUGAUCUCUCUGGAAAGUGCUUUCCGGAACAUCAGCACCCAUGGCGCAGUGCGCGCCUCUCACCAAUGCAGUCCGCCCCGCUGUUGAAAUUCGAGAACGAGCGUCCAAAGCUGUGCGAGGAAGGGCUCGCUGUGUUGGAGGCUCUUCCUGGACCUGUUUGUCCCAUUGCUUUUGUUGGUGACGGGCGCAGUGGAAAAUCCUUCCUGGCGUCCAAGCUAGUCGGUGCAGGAACCUUCCGGGAAGAUGACUCCGAGGAGGCUGUCACUGAAGGCAUUGAUAUUGCCACGAUGUCCUGUCAUCCCGGACAUCUUCUCAUUCUUGAUUGCGAGGGCGGUAACAAUGCCAUGUCCAAGAGCCAUUCCAUCGUGACGGUCGUUGGAGCGCUCUUUGCCACCGCGCUGAUCUUCGUCACCGACGGCAAGGCCUCGGAGGCGGCCGUGGAGGCGCUGGGCCGCAUGCUGGAGGAGCGGGCCCUCAUCAAGUGCGAUGGCACGGGCUCCUUGCAGGCGCAGACUCUGCUCUUCGUCGUGAAUCAAAACAGGCUAAGAUAUGGAGAAGAUGCGUUGGAAAAGAUCUUGGCGGCUGAUCAUGGAGCAGAACGGAAGGAGAUCCGCACCCUCAUCAGCAACGCGUACCCGGAACAUCGGCGACAGUUUUUCACCAUCCCUGUGGACAAUAAAAGUGAUUUUGAGGACAAGUGGGAAUCCUUCCACGGAGCAAUGCGGAAUGCUGCCGUCCCUCUGAAGAUGGGCAAGCUGUGGAUGACGGGAUCGCAGGUGGUUCACAUGCUACGGCGUGUGGAGGAAGAGCUGCGCACACGUGGCAAGGUAAGUUUACCCUCGUUGCACCGGCACGUCAUACUGGACGGCUGGCUGAAGCCCACGGUGGGCCAGGUGCUGCAAUCGCGGAUGGACAAGCUCCUCGAUAACUUUUCGCAGGAGGAGCUUGCCACACAAAAAGUCGGAAGUGUCGAUGGGAGUUGCACAGAGUGCCAAAAAUCGGCAGCUGGGUGGCUGGACCCAGACGUUGAAGAGUUCUUCUGCGAGGACUGCUGGCUCAAAUUCUCUCCGAAGGUGCUGAAGUGCUGCUUCUGCGGCAAUUUUCACCCCUGGAUUCUGGGCAGGGUGGAGAAGGUGACCAAGAUGUGGCACUGCAACGACUGCUUGAUGCAGCUAGGCAUUGAGAUUCCUCAUGCUGAAUUCGCGCCCAGGGUAACGGCUGUCAUCGACUUCGCGCUUCGCAGAGAGCCCGUUUACGACCACAAUCAAGGCUUGACCUGCCUGACAACCUCUUGGUGCUCCCAAGCAUCUGCUCGGCAACGGUCAGGUCGCGCCGGCCGAACGCAGCCGGGGAUUGCGAUUCGGCUCGUCACUCGAAGCUUCUUCGAGGAGAAGAUGCCAGAAUUCGACACGCCGGAGAUUUUGCGGACUUCAACUGCGAAGCUGUUCCUUAGGGCGAAGAAGCUUUCGCAGGUGUUACAGAAAGCAGCAGCAAAAUUUUCGCCGGACUGUCCUCUAGAUUUGCGUUCAGCUCGGUCGCUCAUAGGCUCAUUGCCGCAACCACCAAAGAUGAAGCUUCUGAAAGCUGCUGUCAAGGAAUUGGCACAGACGAGUGCACUUGCUGCUGCAGAUGAAGCCGCUGAAAUAACUUCCUUAGGGUACUUUAAGGAGCAGCUGGUUGCAGAGAUCGAAAUGCUCCGCGGCUCCGCCAGCAUCACUGCGGAGGAGGAGGCACCGAUGACCCACAAGGGCACAGAAGAGCCCGCCAAGGAGAAUCCUGCGGAAAUGCUUGUGGCGAAUGUCGCGAAUUAUGGGGAAUUCUCAGAAGAUCCAUUUUCGGAGGACUCCAUCAUCUUCUCAUGCCCUCCACCCGAUCUUUCCUUGGCCGACGCCGGCAAUGUGGAGCGAGAUCCAGAAGAGAAGCAUGAUGACGACCCUCCUUCCUUUCUUCCCAUCUCGACGGAUCAUGCGUCGCAAGGUUCAUGGAUGGGCGCGCGCCCAUACGACGAUGAGGCAUGCGAGCCUCUGGCAGAGCCUUCGGCAGAGCCUGUGGCCGACGCGUUCGUCGACGCAGUCCACGAGAAAGUCUUCGAGCUCACGCAGCCGACGCAGCCCGAGGAGAAGGUUCUGGCGGAGCUUCCAGGAACCGUCUCAGAGGCGGACUACUCGAGCACCGACGCUGUUGCAGCUGCUGCUGAGGAGCCAGGGACGAAGCAAGAGCAGAUCAGUCAACUUGAAGCUCCAGAGCCGAAGGAUUCGGAUCUGCACUGUCCAGCACAGGUGGUAGGAACGACGGGCAGCAUGGACGGAGUUUCAAGCGCAGUCCUGACCGAUGUGGCCACAGAAGCAAAGCCUGGUGUGGUGAAGGAGGAACAUAGCCAUAGCGACGGGGUCACUGCCGAGGGCAUGACUUGCAAUUCCAACGAUUCUCAGGCAGAAUCGAUGGUAGACUUCGAGGGAUACUCGAGAGCGGAGGCUGACAUCCGCCCGGAAGCGGCGGAAGCGGCGGCAGCGCCGGAAGCGGAUCUGGUGGAUUCCAUGGCCUCAGCGGAGCAGCCAGGUGACCUGCAGGCUGAUAGCCAGGAAGUAGCGGAGCUGCGUGAGCACAUCCUCGAGCUGCAGGCGGCCGUUUCCGUCAAAGCUUUGUUCAUGGAGGCGGUGGCAUCAAAAGAUCAAACACUUGCGGCACAGCAGCAGAUGCUGGAGGGCAAGAGCAAUGACUUGAAGGCGCGCCUGCCGCUGCCGGUGUAG